UACCUAUAUUUGUCUACAAAUUUUCGAUAUAUUGUCAAUGUUAUUUGAUUGUAGUUAAUGCAGUAUUUUCUGUGACAUAGUUAUCACAUUUGUGUAAAACUGCCAAAUGCGGGGAGUUUUGUUUAUUUUGUGACUAUGGAACGAGACAUAGAACGAGGUAUACCCGAGGAAAAUGAAACCUCGCCAUUGCUCAACGACAGGUCUGAACAGGCAACAAGCAAUGAAAGAAAGCAUAGACCCUACCCACCACUCAGCCUGGCUCCAUCAUCAGUGCUUUCCACCCCCGAUUCAUCUCCCGCACCAGACACUGCUUGUACUUGGCCAAAGAAAUGGCGACGAAGCGAUCGCCGCACCAGAAGACUUAAUACUCAAUUGCUAGAAGCAAUAGAAUCACACAAUGUGGAUGAGGUUGAAAGGUUACUAAAUUCUGGUGCAAAUCCAAACGCAACAUGCCGCCUUGACCUGGUAUCGGCAUGUCACAUAGCUGCGAUAAAUGGUGGAGACUCACUCGGUAUUCUCGCCAAACAUGGAGCCGAGAAGCAUAGGCUGGACGUCCUUGGAAGAACUCCAUUGCAUCUUGCAGCGUAUGCUGGAAAUGCUCGCCAAGUUGCUAUUUUGUUGGGGUUUUCCGAAGAAAUUCAAAAUCGCGUUGAAUCAGAGGACAUGUCAUCUGAUGUUGAAGAAGACGUAAAAAACCUGUGUCCAGAGUCUCAAGCAAUGGUAAAUGUACGCUGCGAUGACUCAGAUGUGAGCCGGACGCUUCCUAGUAGCUGGAAGGACAAUAUUGACCAUAGUUGUCUCCAGAUUAAAGGAACGUUACCACUUCUUCAGACAGGCUGGACACCAUUACACGUGGCCGUAUCUUGCCUUAAAAGUCACUCCACCAGGCUUCUGUUAGCUGCUGGAGCAGAUCCAAACAUUGUGGAUGCACAGGGUCGUACGCCACUUGACGUGAUUGCGUCAGCAUAUUAUCUUGACGUUGAUAUCAAAGCUGACAAUUUUGCAGAAAUAAUUAAGAUGCUUACCAAAGCUGGCGGAACAUACAACACCAUGAAAUCAAAAGAACUCGAUAACAUCGCAACUCCACUACACACAGCCGUGGAACUAGAAAAUAUUAAUGCAAUAACUACACUUUUAGACAUUGGUGCAAGUGUGAGCUGCUUAAAUUCGGAAGGACAAACGCCGAUGCACUUAUGCGUUAAAAAGAGGUUACACGAACCUUUACAGGUGUUGGCCAACUAUGAGUAUUUAAAUGCAGAUCCGCUAUCAGCAGUGAUAGAUGUAAAGGAUAAGGAUGGCUAUACAGUACUUCAAGAGGCUGUCGAAGAAGCCUGGGUGCCCGGCGUAUGCAUUGCUUUAGAAGCCGGAGCCGAUGUUACACUUAAAGCAUAUGAUGGUCAAACUACGGUUCAUUCAGCAGCUGACAUCGGAAACAUAGAUGUGCUAUUGGAAAUAUUAAGUGUAGCACGACAAAAAGGCAUAAUUGACUGCCAGAAUGAAGAUGGUGAAACAGCAUUAUUUAAAGCAAUUAUCAAUGGCAAUACAGACUGCGUUAAUGCAUUAUUGGAAGAAGGAGCGUCUAUUCAAAUUAAGUUAUCUGGAGAGGUGAGCGUGCUACAUAAAGCUGCAGAGUAUGGUCAUUCAGAAAUAUUAAAGAUUCUAUUAGAGCACAACGAGGGGGAAGCUAUAUCAAUGAUAGAUUCGCUAUCUGCUAGAGAUUGGAGAGGGUUUGGCCCGAUACAUUCUGCCGUAAUGAGCAAUAGUGUUGAAUGUGUCGAGCUUUUACUUUCGAAGAAUGCAGAUGUGAGAUUAAGAACAACGGAUAGUCCACAUUUCUGUUCAACACCGUUACAUCUCGCUGCUAUGAAAAAUUUUAUUGAUGUUGCUAAAUUUAUUGUAAAGUUUGAUAAAACUACAAUACACGAAGUGAACAGCAAAGGGUGGUUUCCUCUACAUACCGCCAGCCAUCACGGCUGUAGAGAUAUUAUAACAUUACUCCUAAAAAAAGGCGCAGACUUGUCAGGGUACACUGAUGGUCCUCGAAAAUAUAGACAGACAGCUAUUGACAUGAUUUUAAACACAUUGUCCAUGCCAACAGAAUUCAUGUGUGGGGUUUUCGAUUCCUAUAUAAAUUCGAACUGUCCCAACUUCCACGACUCAAACUGUGAGAUCAGCAUUGACUAUAGAAUACUUAUUCCCUCAGUUUGUGAAAUGGAGCAAAUGAAAGUAAUUGAAGCUCUUCUCAAAACUGGCAAUAGAUAUGGACAAAAGAAAUUACUUGUACAUCCGUUAGUGAAGAGCUUCUUGCAUUUGAAGUGGAAAGCUUUGCUACCAUUUUUCUAUGUUAUCGUUAUUUUAUACUCCAUGUUAGUUUCUUCGUUAACUAUUUUUACGAUGUCUGUAUUCUUUUAUAAAGAUACAGCUAGCAAUCCACCUGAUUUUCUAUCUCCUGUUAUUUGGGCAAAUGUUGUGUAUGUAUCCGUGGUUUUAAUAAUACUGCAGGAAAUAUUAUACAUGAAUGUAAGAAACAAAAGAUAUUUUUGUGAAAUGGAAACAUGGAUAAAAUUCGGAUCGAUUUGCCUUGCCGUUAUUCUGCCAUUAUCUAUAAACUUAGCUGAGACUGCGGACUGGCCUAGACAUAUAGCUACUUUAGCACUCCUUCUUUCCUGGAUAGAACUGAUGUUUCUAUUAUCUCGAUUCCCCAGUUGGGGCUACUAUGUUCUAAUGUUUGGAAAAGUAGCUAUCAACGUUAUCAAAAUUUUAUUAACAUUCGUCUUUAUCAUCGUCGGAUUUUCGUUAAGCUUCAUGAUACAGUUUCAUACCCAAAUUCCAUUUGAAAGUCCAUGGGCUGCGUUUGUUAAAACCGUUGUAAUGAUGACAUCAGAAUUCGACUAUCAAUCGCUUUUCGAUCAAGAAAACUCAAGAGAACUUGCUACUUCUCUAAUUGUUGUCCGUUUUAUUUUUCUAAUAUUUCUUAUACUGGCAGCUAUUGUAAUCAUGAAUUUAAUGGUAGGUGUCGCUGUCAACGAUAUAAAUGAUUUGGCAAUAUUAGGAAACAUAGACCGAUUGUCUAAACAGGUGCAGUUUUUGUCCACCCUAGAUAAUUUGGUUUAUAACAGGGUUUUUAUCUUCAUUUUACCGAAAAGAAUAAUAGAAGGCAUCAAAAAGAAAAGGCGGGUAGUGAACAUGAUAAUACUUGCACCGGGAAAACCAGAAUGGAAGUAUUAUAAGGCUCUACCGACACAUCUCAGAGAAGCAAUUUUCACAAUCGCUCAAGAAAAAAUGAAACAAAAAGACGACGAAAUAAACAUGGAAGAAUUCAAGAAGAAAAUUGAUGAAAUGCAUACGGCUGUUACCAAUUUAGAAAAUAAUAGUGAACAAUCGUCCAAUAUAGUAAAACCAGAGAAACCGUUAGUACAAAAAAUGAAAUAUGAUGAGAUUAUGAAACGUUUAGCUGUGUUGGAUCAUGGGAUGGAUAGUGUUAAGGAUGAAAUCACAAAUUUAAUUGAAGAAACUAAAACUCCGGUUAACGAUUUGCGUAGACAAAUGACCCAAAUAUCGACAGAAAUUGAAAGUAUCAAACAAUAUUUAAUUCGAUUAGACAACAAAUUAAGUGAAAAAUAAAAUAUGUUUAAAAAAUAUGUUCUUUUAUA